AGACAAAAAUACCAACUGGAGGGACAAAUUGAUGAACCGCGCGAAACCGUUAUUGUCAAGAAUUCAACCACUAACCGCCAUCAACGGCCAAAUUCAGCGAGCCUUGCAAUCCCUCGACUAUGGCGCGUACGGUCAUCUCAUCCAACAUUUCACCGACUACCACCUUCAUCGCCAAGCCAAGCAAGUCCACGCUCGUCUCGUCCUCUACUCAGUCUCCCCCGGUAACUUUCUCGCUUCGAAACUCAUCAAUUUUUACUCAAAAUCUAACAAUCUCGUUCAAGCCCGCCACGUGUUCGAUAAAAUUUCCCCCAAAAAUGUCUUCUCUUAUAACGCCAUGCUCAUUGCGUACUCUGUUCAUGAUAUGUAUACCGAUACAUUGAAGUUGUUUUCGUCUUUGUUGUCAUCUUAUUCGGUGGAUUUGAAGCCUGAUAAUUUUACAAUCACCUGUGUUUUAAAGGCGUUGUCGGGUUUGUUUUGUGAGUCAAGAUUGGCUAAGGAGAUUCAUGCUUAUGUUUUAAGAUGUGGUUUUGAUUCUGGUGUGUUUAUUGUUAACGGUUUGAUUACGUUUUAUUCGAGAUGUGAUGCUAUCGCUUCAGCAAGGGCAUUGUUUGAUAGAAUGCCUGAGAGGGAUAUUGUGACAUGGAAUUCGAUGAUUGCUGGGUACUCACAGGGAGGGUUUUAUGAAGACUGUAAGGGAUUGUAUAGGGAGAUGUUGAAUGAUUCGGUGUUGAGACCAGAUGGAGUGACGGUAGUCAGUGUUUUGCAGGCUUGUGGGCAAUCAAAUGAUCUUAUUUUUGGAAUGGAAGUUCAUAACUUUGUAAUUGAGAGUCAAAUUAAAGUGGAUGUUUGUCUUUCUAAUGCUUUGAUUGGAAUGUAUGCAAAAUGUGGUAGCUUGGAUUACGCAAGAACAUUAUUUGAGGAGAUGAGUGAGAAGGAUGAAGUUUCAUAUGGUGCAAUUAUUUCAGGUUACAUGGUUCAUGGAUUUGUUGACAAAGCCAUGCAUAUGUUCCUUGAAAUGAAACAACCGGGACUAAGUACUUGGAAUGCUGUAAUUUCUGGUCUGAUUCAAAAUAACCAAUAUGACAGGAUUUUGGAUUUGGUUAGAGAAAUGCAGGCAUUAGGUUUUAGACCAAACACUGUGACACUUUCAAGUGUUCUUUCUAUGUUUUCAUAUUUUUCAAACCUGAAGGGAGGGAAAGAAAUACAUGGUUAUGCUCUUAAAAGUGGUUAUGCUCGUAAUAUCUAUGUUGCAACUUCCCUUAUUGAUACUUAUGCAAAGGCUGGGUUUCUUCAUGGGGCACAACUGGUUUUUGAUCAGUUGAAAGGUAGGAGCUUGAUUAUUUGGACAGCAAUAAUCUCAGCGAAUGCUGCCCAUGGUGAUGCUAAUGUAGCUCUUACUCUUUUUAAUGAAAUGCUGAAUGAUGGAAUUCAGUCAGACCCCGUGACAUUUACAGCAGUGUUGGCAGCUUGUGCUCAUUCAGGAUUGGUGGAUGAAGCAUGGAAGAUUUUCAAUUCCAUGUUUACAGAAUAUGGUGUUCAGCCCUCAGUCGAGCAUUAUGCUUGCAUGGUAGGAGUUCUAAGCCGAGCCAAAAGGCUAUCUGAAGCAGUAGACUUUAUCUCUAAAAUGCCAAUUGAACCAAAUGCUAAGGUUUGGGGUGCACUGCUUAAUGGAGCUGCAGUUUCUGGUGAUGUUGAACUUGGGAAGUUUGCUUGUGCUCAUCUGUUUGAGAUUGAACCUGAAAAUACAGGAAAUUACAUCAUAAUGGCAAAUCUAUACUCACAAGCUGGAAGAUGGGAAGAAGCUGAUAGGGUGAGGGAAAAAAUGAUGAAAAUUGGGUUGAAGAAAACCCCUGGCAGUAGUUGGAUUGAAUCCAGUGGAGGUUUACAGAGCUUUAUUGCAAAGGACACAUCAAGUGAAAGAACUGAUGAAGGAUUACUUGAUUUGACGGUAAAAGAAGGGUAUGUGUUACAGAAUGAGCAUGAAGAGGAUAGUGCCUUUGUUUGAACCGUGAAUGCAUAAGCAUCAGAAAUUAUGUAGAAAUGAAGUGUGGAUUCAUGGAGUCUAAUGGGCACAAUGCUUUGCUAAGGCCAAAAUGACUGACAUAUGUUGAUCAACAUUUGGGAGAGGUCAGAAAUACCAUCAUUGUCUCUAUAACUGUAAGUUUUAAUCAGAUUCGUGCAUAAAACUUAAAUGUCUUGAUUUGGAGUUCUAAGAAUCGAUCGUAGAAGUUGAGUGGUAUUCAUUAACAUAUAUGUUGGACGUGGUGAAUCAGUGAUUUGGUUGCCUUUGAGCUCUCUGAUGAUGUAUAGUACGUCUGGAUUGCCAUUUUUGUUUUGACUAAUUGAAUGGACCAACAGGAAGGAUUGAAACAGUGUACAUGUAUCAUUUAAAUAAGUUUUCUUUAUGGGUUAGAAGUUCAAUGAAAAGGCGUACUGCAGAUUGUGGAA